AUGAAGCCAGACAACGGCGAGGACGGUUCGAAGGACUCCUUGUCGAAAUCGCUUUGGCUUUCUCUUCGCCAAAAGGCCGUGGUGUAUGCAGCAGCAUUCGUCUUCGGAUUUGUUCCAGCUCUUAUUUUCAUUCGGAGAGUCUACCUGUCCUAUUCAAGCCGACUUGUCAAAGUCUUCCUGGCCAUUGUGGCUCUGGGAUAUUUUCCCUUAGUCGCACUGUGCUCAUCACUCGCCUUCGGCCUCUGUUUCUUUUGCUUACGUCAAACUACAGUUGUCGAACGAAUUUUGAACAAAGUUUGUGACAGCAUAGUCGAGUUGCUGCAUAAGAAGCUUCCUUCAUCGGCGCAAGAUGCAGAGAUGAGUGUUGACGAGCUCAAUACUCGAGUACAGGAAGUAAUCGAUGCCGCCCGCAACAAUAACGCCCGGAGUAAGAGCCCGCUUCGAUCAUUUGCCGGAUUUGUUCUAGGACUUGCCUUCUUUCUCUUGAGAAAAGCUGCGAAACAGAAGUUCGAGAAGGCCAUGAUAACAAAGUCCGAAGGCGCCCCACCAAUCAUCUCAAUCAAAAGUGCUGCAACUUCUCUUCAAGGAGAGGUCGUUAAUGCCGUCCUUUCCCCAUUCAAGAAUACUGUGCGGAUGUACUUUGCUGCAUCUUUAAUUCUGUCUUUGGCCCUUUUCGUUGUGCCACUCAAGUCUGUGGGGUGAAACUACGGGCAAGUGUCCUGCAUGCAAGCUGCACUCAUUGCAUUUCUGUCUGGCAAGGGCUCGCAGUUGUCUUGCGCCUGCUAAAACUUCAUUUGUGGGUAGUCGGAAGCUGAGCCUUCUGCGUCUUUGCCUGUAUACGUGCACUCAAUUACCUUUUCUACAGCUUGUCUCUCAUGUUGCGAGCGGCUUCUAACGCAUCCAAGCGUUCCCUGCCGUUUUUGCCGUGAUAUUGCUCCAUUUCUUACUCCUAAAAGACCCUUUGCACGUGGGAGACCUUGCUCAUGAGAUAUCCCUCUUUCCAGCGCCCCAGAAGGAAAAAGACAUGAUCGAGGCCACUUUCCAUCUCUAUGCACUGAAAUUCGCGGAGUCAGUGUGGUUAGCUUGUCGCAGUAUACGCAAGUAAGCAUAAAUUCAUUGCCGCUGCUGCUCACACCCAAUCCAUGCGGAGAUAAAGAGCACCUCAGGAUGCGCCGAUUGACACAGGAGACUGAGGUUUUGUUGGACUGCGCUGACUCCUACGCUGUAGGCUUGGUUUGGGAUGUACUGGUCAGUGCGAGCGGUAUCAGGCCUUCUGAAACGGAGUGGCUACUGACGGAGCCACAAGAACGCGAAGAGUGUGUAGACUCAGAAAAGGCACAGUCACACCGUCCUGCAGCUGCAGGAGUCGGACAAUGUUUGUAGACUGCGGCAGUACAUGUUAAUAAGACGAAGGAUGACCCGUGCCACUACUGUACAAUAGCAAUGCAAUGCACGACACACGUGGCGUUGCUUGUCAAAUCGCCCGCAUGGCCUUGCCAGUAGACGCUUUCUGCUACCCUUCGAAGGGUAGACGCUUUACGCCUGCGCAUUUCUGCAGUGUCUUCCACACUAUCCUCACUGUAGGUACCCUUGGUAUCUUAAUCAAAUUAAACAGUCAAACA